CAACCUCAGUAUCUACUUAACUGUAGCAAUACCAGUAGUAGUAGUGGUGAUAGUGGUGGUGGUAACAGUAGUAGACACAACCACCUAAUAACCUCAAUAACCCCAUUAACAAUCAAAGUAGAGAUAAUUAUUAUUGGUUUAUAUAAUUGCUUUUGUGUUUCUUUUUUUUCAAUAAUGGCAAUUUACAGGUUAAUCUUCUAUUUAUCCCUGCUCUUCUUUUGUUUGACGGAGGCAGCCUCACGUGCAGGCAGGACGAGGGAACAGCUAGCCUCCUUGCACAGACAGAUACGCGCCUUGGAGGAGAUCCAGGAAGAGGUACGCGGGGAUCUGGCCACACUGCACGGUCACAUGAAACCCCUGAAGGAGGUACAAGCUGAUCUGAAGAAGCUACGAGCUGAUAUAGACGCCUUAACCUCGCUAGUUGAAUCCACCAUGCCGGAAGAUUGCUGGGCGGCCAAAGCUAGAGGGUCUACGAAGAGGAUUGUGACAGUGAAGCCUCCAGGACUGGCGCCGCGGGAGGUGGUGUGCGACCAGGUCCGGGAGGGAGGCGGCUGGACACUCAUGCUGGCCAGAACCCCGACACACGAGAACAACAAUUUGAGGGAAAACUUCAAUAAAACGUGGAAGGAGUACCGGGAGGGGUUUGGUGACCUGCGAGGGGAAUUUUGGAUAGGUAACGAGGUAGUGCACGCUCUCACCAGCGAAAUACCUUACCAACUGUACGUCUUGCUUGAGGAUUGGGAUGGAAAUGUUGCAGAAGGGAUGUGGAAUCAAUUUAGGAUAGCGAGUGAGGCGGAGGACUACCGGCUUAGUGUGGAGGGGUACCAUGCCCUGAGCACCACUGGGGACUCCUUCAGCCUCCACCACCACCGCCGCCCCUUCUCCACCUACGACAGAGACAACGACACAGAUGACCACGACCACUGCGCCAGGAGUUAUGGUGGCGGAUGGUGGUACUUUCAAUGCCAUGUGUCUCAUCUGACGGGGUCCGCGCUGCCACGUCGCGAGGGAGGGCAACACGCCAUCAUGUGGAAGAGCUGGAAAAACACCGAGGGUCUGAGGAGUGCCUACAUGGCCAUCCGUCCACGCCCACCCAAGAUGCAGACUUUGCUGCACCUUCCUACCACCGCUCACCCCGCGCUGCCAUGCCCUGAGAGAGAGAGAGAGAGAGAGAGAGAGCAUUUAUUAUUACGUUCCUUUGUUCUUAUUUAAUACCAGCAAACAGUAGGUAAGUAACUCUCAUAUCAAUCAAGAGGGACACUGUGAACGUGCUUUGGUACACCUUGAUGUGCCUCGCUGAAACGGUAACACGCUGAAAAGUUUAGGAACCAAUGUAUUAUAGUGUGUGUGUGUGUGUGUGUGUGUGUGUGUGUGUGUGUGUGUGUGCCCUGUAGGUAUAACGCAAUAAUUCAUGUAGUAUAUUCCUUCUGUAACAAACCAAUAAACAAAACGAAUCUUA